CUCGAGUAGUGUUUUUGUUCUUCUUGUACCUGAGUUUUUUUGUAUUUUGUUUUAAUCGCAACUACUCCUGGCGUUUGGCCAUUGUUUGAGCAAACAAAGAAUGAUGGGACUCCGACUAGCAUCUGGUUGGGGCCUUUUGCGCUGAUUCCUGGUCGAAGGACAAGAGACACGCCCCGUUACUCUGUCGAUAAUAUUGUGCGGUGCUGAGUGUGCAGUGAAGAACUUCUACGGUUCCAGCACUAUCGCAGUGAAGGACGACGUUGGCAAUUACGGAAUACCUAGAGGGCCUAAGCACUCCUAAAAAUGGGAAUCGAACGAGACAGCGCGUUGUUUGACGGAACGGAGGAGAUGAAGGUGAUCGGCGCAGGCGUCGCCAAGCCACGUGUGCUAGGAGGUGGAUUUCGUACAGCGACUAAGAGCAGCAAAGGCUCAUCACAUGCGGAGCAGACAGCUACUAAUUAAGACCACUAACUUAGGCAGGAUCGCAUGGGACCGCAUAGGCAUAGGCCUCCUUGAAAAUGACUUGCUUCCAAGAUUGAAGAAGAACUACAGGAAGAAAGUCCUCAGGGAUCAUAUAUCAUUCUGAAUUUUGAUAAUGUACUUACCGCUUCUUGGAUUACUGAAUACAUUACAACUACUUGUUCUUCCAAUAAAAUCUUUAGAGUCUUUAAUCGUCAGGGAAAUCUUAGACAAGCUGCUGAAGAGAUUCACGCCAGCAAUAGGCUUACCAUUAACAUCACUGUGCUUGUUGUUAAUCUCUCGUCUAAGUUAAUAGUGGCAUGGAACUGCAAAUCGUUGGGACGAGGUCUGGAUCUCAAUCACCUGGCGGCGGAGACGGCGGCCGUGGGGCUUUGAUGGCCAGGCGCGAGCGGGACCGUAAAGACGCGCUAAUGACGAGUAUGGAGGCGGAUCUCGCAAAGCUACGGCAAGAAUUGUCGAGUCUGGCAGCGAGGUGAUUAUAUGCGAAUCGCUUACACUCCUUGGAUAAGAAUGUUAUUUUCUGUACUCGUAGUACGAUUUGUAAUUAUCUGUUUGUAAUAGAGAAGAAAGUCAAGAUCAGCAUAUUAUUUCUGGUGUUGAGGCAGUCAUUAGUUACAUGAACUUUCCUUGCACGACUUGUACUCGCACACGACCAGCAAAAUUUUAACGAACAGCUCAACUCAAAUGUGAACCAACCACCUGGUUUAUCAUGAGCACUGGCCGUAGAUUGAUUUUGAUACCGAAUGUUGAAAAACAUCAGUUCUGCGACCAAGGACGCAUUAGUGCAAGAGUAUGCGCCAAAGCUACGGGCUUCUCAUGACGCCCUACUGCAACAAUUGGAGGCUGAAUAUAAUUUAAGGAAGAAAGAGAGAGAUAGAAAGCUCACCACGCAACCAAGCACAAGCGCGGGAAUUUCACGCGGUCGAAGUGCGGGGAAUCAGGUAUGUAGUUACUCGCGUGGUGCUGAUGAAAAGUACUGUGAUGUAUGAUUUGAUGGGCUUUUACUUGAGAUCUUCUAGUGAACAAACUGAAGGUGAAGUGAUAGUACUAGAACCAGUGUAGAAUGAAUGUAUAGACAGUCGUUCCUGUACGGAAAAGUGGACGAAGACUGAUGUAUCGUUGUCAUUUUUAAAAAAUGAAGUCAGGAAAACUACAGAAAGUAGGUUGAAUCAAUGAAUACAACAACCAACGAAACCCUUCCAGGCCCAUCACUUCCAGUUUCCACCUGAUCACCUUAUCGUGGAUGCUCAGGAGGAGAUGAUCUCUGGAUUGAAGAGCUGUUUUGAGCGACAGAAGUCAGUAUCCGUUGGUGGAGGAUUGGCGCGCGACCUAGUCAACAGCGCAGCUACGGACGGUGCAGGAUCCGGGGGAGAGGAGGCAGUGAGCGUGCAGAACUUGUGCUUAGCGAUCGAAGUGGACCCGAAAUUAAAGCCAUGGCUUGGCCGUCUGGCACGUUUGGACUGCUAUACGGAUGAAACACUCACGUUGCAAGAGGUCGUGAACCAAGUACGAAAUCUGCAUCCGGUUUCGCGGAUAUUGUGGACGCAGUUUCGAGAGUACCUCACACGCGGUGGCAGCUCUGGAGCGGGCACGUCUGGCAUCACAUCGGGAAUGGCGGGAGGAUCAUCGGGGGGCGCGACGGGCCGCAGCAGAGCACACGUGCAGUCAGCGAAAGGGAAGAAGUCUAACAUCUCUGGAGGUACUACAUCCGGACCGGGCUCGUCCUCGCUGAAGACGACUAAAACCUCUUCUGUGGCAGGAACUGCUCCUGCAAAAAGCAACAAAAAAACUGCACAGCCGGGUGUUAGUAAGACGCCAAAAACUUCCGGUAGUGCACGAAGCAGUACGACAGAUCUGCAGAAAAGCCUGGACGCGAAGACAGAAGCAGCGUUAAGAAUGCAACGCGAAGAAGCGGCAAUAGUGCCGUCGAAAGGUCGUUCUGGCGGACCAUGCAGCUCUCCUGCCGUCAUCGGCAUGCGCGUUCUUCUUCAACAAGAAUUUCAGAGUGCUGACGCGGCAUAUCGAAAACUGGAUCAGAGAGGAACUGGUGCUUGAAAAUUUUCACCAUCCAUCCCAGCCUUGGAGAAUUAAUUUUGCCAGAAAUAAUGUUUAUGUUGUACAUUGUAUGUUCGGGGAACAAACAUACUUACAUGAUCAGAGGGCCGUUCCAUGGUUUAUAGCUCUGAUUCCCCUCUUAGCGCCCUCUACUUUUCCCUUCUAGGUUUUAUUUCCGUUGCUGAGUUUUCGAUACUAUUGCGUUCUUGCGGGGAACGUUUUGUGGAGGGCUUUGCAGACGGGUCGGUAGAAAAGGUGUGUCAGCUAUUGCGGAAUGAGGACAUGGAAAUCAAUAUCAGCGCUAUGCUAGGCACACCCGCUCCUGUGGGUUCUGCUGCGGCUGUACGUGUCGAUGCGGCCAAGGAGAUGCCUUUGGUACCUGCGGAUGAAGCUUUUUCCGCUUAUACCUUCGGCCAGCCGGGGCCAGGAAACGAAGAUGGUACAACUUCAUGAUAGUAUACAAUGAAUUAUUUUGUUGUUUAUGACGCGCACAACAAUAUAUUUCUCAAGUGUACAAUAUUGUAGUAGUAAUCGGAAAUUCGAAGACUUCAUCUUUCACCAAGAACAUCAGGUCCAGCACCCAAGCCACUGGUGUACCAAAACUUUUUUGAGGAGCAAGGAGAAAGUAUCAUCCUCAACAAGAUGGAAGUACGUCAUUGGCAGGAGCUCGAAGCCAUUUUCAACAGCAUAGACGAGUCGAAAGUCGACAUCCAUCGUUUCCUUUACAAGGUGUAGCUAUUAUUGUUACAUCAAUAAUAUCCUAUGUUACAAUAUUUUAGUACGAUCUCGCUCUGCCUCGUUUGAAAAAAUUUUGAUAACUACAACUCUUAAAAAAUACAGAGUUCGUUGCACAUCCGCCUACUUGACUAUAUAUACUAUCAUCGUCAGAUACUACUGUACUGCUACUGCUUAGCCAGUUAUGCUUAGAGCUCCCUCGUCCCCUGCCAUUUCAGGUACGCGACCAUAAAGAUUCGGCUUUUCUUCAAAACGAUUGGUUGGCUAUAGUAGUCGAAGAGGUUCGAGACCCUCUCACUGGAGAAUUACGCAAAGUGACGUUGGACCAAUGCCUGCAAUAUCUGGAAGCCCUGAAGAUUUAUGAAAGUAUCUACUACAACAACUGGUUUUGGUUUGAUUUUAAUAGUCUGGUACUAUCUUGACAGAGGAGUUAUUUUUCAUGUAUUGGUCGAAGUCAUCUGCUUCGAUAUUAUAAAAAUUUCGUGAAGUAGUAGGACAUCCAAGCUUCUAGUGAAAAGAAGGUCGUAUCUGUUAUGAGCUUCAUCUGUUCUUCUGUAGUAUCGAAGAUGUUAUUUUUUGUAACUACUACUACUUCCGCACCAACAGAUCAGCCUUGGUCUUGGUUCCGAAAGCGAAUUUUGGAGGCUCCGCGCAAGCGGCACCCUAAGAUUCUAGAGUACGCGCCAUCGGCGGACGUCGAUCAUGAGAGCGGAAAUCAGUGGCUACAAUUGGCGUAUAACGUAGACUCACGCGUACUCGGCAGAGUUCACGACGUUUACAAGCAUUGCCAAAAGACGAAGCCGGAUUUUCCGGUGAAGAAAGCGGACUUUGUCUUGCAGCUGAAGCAAAAACAAAGCCUGUUGAACGAAUUCCACAGAAAGACGCUCAUGGACGUCGAGGACAAAUGUACUUAGAGCAUCAAUGGGGCCGAUGAGUGAUGACGCGUUCACUAGUUUAGAAAUUAAUUCAUGUGAUGGUUAGGUCACCACAGAGAUGACUAAGUGAUGACUGAGGCACCACUUACCUGCCUCAGUGAUGACUAGGUCACCAGUUAGAUGACUAGGUGAUGACUCGGUCACUAUUUGGGCACCUAAAUGAUAUCUCGUUCACCAGUUCGGCGACUAAGUGGCGACUGGUUCAGUAGUUAAGGGGCUGAGCGCCUGUUGUGAGUACUUAGGCCACUUGUUAGGCCCCGCAGUCGUGCCUUCCCUGCCUCGCGCCGGUCCCUUAUCUGCCUCCUGCCGGUGCGUUGUCUGCCUCGCGCCGGUCCCUUAUCUGUCUCGCGCCGGUCCCUCAUCUGCCUCGCGCCGGUCCCUUAUCUGCCUCGCGCCGGUCCCUUACCUGCCUCGCGCCGGUCUCUUAUCUGCCUCGCGCCGGUCCCUUAUCUGCCUCGCGCCGGUCCCUUAUUUGCCUCGCGCCGGUCCCUAAUCUGCCUCUAGCCGGUCCUUUCUUUGCCCUGUGCCGGUCACCUAUCUACCCCACCUUUGUUGGCGGUUUCGCUAGUGGUUUUGUAGGCGGUUUCGCUAAGUUCUUCAGAGAGUGCUUCGCUUGGUGCUUCACCAGUUUCUCCACUAUAAGUGUUUCACUGAGUGCUUCCCUGAGUGCCUCACUAAGUGGUUCACGAAGUGCUUCCCUAAGUGCUUCCCCAAGUGCUUCACUAAGUGCUUCACGACAUGCUUCACGAAGUGCUUCACGAAGUGCCUCGCUAAGUGCUUCAGUACGUGUUUCGGUAGCGGUUUCACUCGCGGCUCCGCUAGCGGUUUCGUCAACGGUUUCGCCAGGGGUUUCACUAACGGUUUCGCUUGCGCGCGGUUUCGCCAGCGGUUUUGUCAGCGGUUUCGCUAACGGUUUCGCUAGCGGUUUCGCUAGCGGUUUUGCUAACGGUUUCGCUAACAGUUUCGUUAGCGGUUUUGUCAGCGGUUUCGCUAACGGUUUCGCUAGCGGUUUCGCUAGCGGUUUUGCUAACGGUUUCGCUAGCAGUUUCGUUAGCGGUUUCGCUAACGGUUUCGCUAACGGUUUUGCUAACGGUUUUGCUAACGGUUUCGCUAGCGGCUUCGUUACCGGUUUCGGUGACGGUUUCGCCAACGGUUUCGUUAACGGUUUCGUUCGCGGUGUCGCUAACGGUUUCGUUAACGGUUUCCCUAAUGGUUGCGUUUACGGUUUCUCUUAGCGGUUUCGACAUACCAAAUUUCUACGCCCAUCGCCACAGCCUUCGUGCCUAUGUGGGCUGAGAUUCUACCCGGGCUAGCGUCACACGAGCGCGAUUUGUUGCGAUGGUCUGACGUGUUGCAAGUGAUCAAGCAGAGAUGCGAUGUUGGGAAAGCUUUGCGCAGUAAGCAGCAAGCGCGCGGUUCGUCUACGUCUCCCAGAGGCUCAGGAAGUGGAAAAGCAACACCUACUUCGAAGAAAUCGCCGCCUGUCGUCGAACCUAUUGUGGUAACCACAAUGGAGGAUGAUGCGGAGGCGCCACCAGCUGCGAGACAAUUGGCGGCGAUGGUACGCUCAAUCGAAAACGCCGAUGAACCAUUUGACGUUGGAAUCGGCUGUAUAUUUUGUGCUUCUUUUUUUCAAUUUUACCUCGUAGCACACACGUGGCUGAGGGCGACGCAAAACCAGCAUGGGACAGACCUUGAACUUCAGUUUUUGAGAGAAAAUAUAGCUUCCUUUUGAAGAUUUACGCUGACUACACGUUUGAUAUAGGUACUACCGAUUUCAUAUGACUACUACAACAUCAGCAUCGUUUGUGGCGCCAAUCGUGACCCAACCGACGGAGCGCGCUUUGCGGUCACCUGCAAACAAGAGGUCGCCAUCCGGGUCAAAAUCACCAAGUUUUCGAUUUGGUGAUAUUUCGGUGGUGAAAGGCGACGACUUCGCGGCCGCACCUCCUGCAGCCACGGCGGCGUCGGUGCCACGAGUCCAAGACAGACUUGCCAUGCCGAUUGGCAAGCUCUCCAUAACGCUGGAUACAGACUAUACUGCAUUUCUCUUAUGACAUGAAUUUGGGAAGAAGACUUUCUGUUUCUUCUGAGCAGAUGAACAUUCCUGUUUGGAUAAUCGACUACUUGGAAGCGAGUAAGCACAGAUAGAACAAUAAUGUUUCUUUUCUCACUUGUGAAUUUCGCGCUCUUUCAUAGUGGCAAGCCGCGCAACCGGAAACUAGACUGGAAGCGAUUCGCAGAAGGCUGUGCAGUUUGUUAGAGCUAGACGAUCAUGCAGCGUCCGCAGCCUCUUGUUUGUCAGUGAAGAGCCUGACGCGCGGCGCGAAUCUCGCUGAGGAGUCUGCUUCCUCGACGUCGGAAAUUUUUAGCGGCGUGCUUGAGAAUGCGCUCACGUUGCAUCUGGAGACGGAAGGCGCUGUCUUAGAAGCCGUGGAAGAGCGCCUUGUGAGUGCGCUGGGUGCCGACCUGAAUGCGCUCGUCGGGUACCGCGUUUUGUACAUGAAGUGGCAAAAUCGCAUCUUGAUUCGCGCAGGAGAGAAAGCCAUGAACUCUACAGUCAUGAUUCUUCCUGCGAGCACAGGAGCACGGAUGCAGAGUCGAGACGCGCCCACCUCGUCUUCAAUGGGAAACAUUGUCGCUCCGCCCGGGUCUGCGCUGCGGAGCCCAGCGCAACUGUCACGGGAGGAGCUAGAAUUAGAGGAGCGGAAGUACUUUGACUGGAGCAGUGGGCGCAAUGUCAUGCGCAAACAUAAUUCCAAGUAUGCAGCGUCCACUUCUGCAUCCAAAACGAGUGAGAUCCGUGCACCGGCGUUUGCGUCCGAAGACAGCUAUUGGGACGUAAAGAAGGGCACCAGGAUCAAGGACAAAAAAAUGGCAGAAGACUUAGCGGCCAAAGAGCGCGAAGAGCUGCACAGCACUGGCUUUGUCGCGAACCCUAUUCCACAGCAUGUUUUUUUGCCACGCUAUUCGCAAAUGGACGUGGCCGACCGCAGGUCACCAGGAGAUACCCUGGGACGCUCCUCCAGUGCGGCGAAAAGUACUUAAACUUAUUUCAUUCCUACGAAUUGCUAAGGAGAGCCAGCUCACGGAGUCGGAUUUUACUACUAAGACUCAUACAUCUGGGGAACCACUUCUAAUUAUUAAUAUGUAUACGUAGUUGGAUCUAUCAUGUGCGGGUACACAUUUGAUAGUACUUCAACGUCGUUGUACUCCUCGUUAUUUCUUUCCUAAAUACUAGAAGACUUGAUGAUGCUUUUUCGUUGCGCAGUUGCCUUCGGAAGCAGCAGCGAUGGAGAGCGCAGACGUUCGAAGUCAAAUUGGGACGACGACUUCGCGCCAGUUCUGGAUAGUUACCAGAAACACGCGAAGCAUAUGCUGUACAAAGCUAAUCGGUCCUCCAGCGUUCCACCUGGCCACGAUCGCGUCUACAAGGCGCUUUAUCCUGAAGAAGGCGGUGCCGCCGGCAAUGCAAGUACGACGUCGCGGGCCGCUCCCGUCGUUACGGUGCAGAAGCGAAAACCGGUGGUUCCACCUCCCGAAAGCUACACGUUCAAAGCGGGGAAGCCAGCGGAGAAAUCCGUAGUCGAGGUGGAGAAAGAAAGAGAGUUUGCAUUCCUGAAAACGACAGGGUCUGUACCAGAUUUCAAAGCGGCACAUUCGAAAUUUCAACGUCAAAUACGAGAACGCAAGCUCGCCAACCAAAAGGCGGCGACGAAAGCCCAGCCUUUCGUUUUUCAGGCGACUACAAGGGUAAUGCGUGCGCCUCCAAUCGAUGAGACGGAUCUGCGCUGGCAGCGCGCGGGAGGAAAAUAUCAAAAACAACAAGCGCGUACUUCUAGGAGUUUUUAUUUCACAACUUGUCUGCAUGAAACUAACCGUUCCUAGCACACUUGCUGUCCUAGAAUAGGUCUUGUCAAAGAAGCCAACACUGUGUGUUUGAUUCCUGGAAUUGAGUCACCUUCCCAUGAAUUUUUUUUUGUCUCGUAAAUUUUUCUGUAAGACUCCAGAACCUCCGCUUCUUCUACCACGCAACUUCUGUACCACAGCCGACCGCGUAAAGCAGCUUCAGCUGAUGGCAGAGAAAGGUCGGGAGAUUAAGACUACCGCGAAAGCACUGCAAUAUCAACAGCACAUGGCUGCCAAGAUUCAAAGGCGAAGGGAGGAGGAAGCAACCCGAAAGGCUGAGGAGCAGCUGUACCAGGAGCCCAACGAACAGGUGAAGGAACGUGUACAGAGCACGCUGAAUCGAACCUCAAAUUAUGUCCACGAAGAUCUGUGAUGAAGAUGAUAUUAGUGGGCGCUUCUACUUAAAAAUGGAAGCGAAGGGUAGAGCACUCCCUUCUGCAUGAUGUUUGUUUUGCUUUUUCCUCCGAAAGCCCGAGAGGAUCUCAUUUUUUUCAUGAGAAGAAUCGCAUGAAUUGUGCCGUUGCAAUUGUAUCAGGAGAAUGAUCUUCAGCAAAUAGAAAAGAGUAUUCUCGUAGAUGAGUCUAUCUUGAAGUAUUAUCGGUCUAUCUAAUCUUCAAGUACUUAUACCAAAAUGAAAUGUUGUAGAAAAAAUUGUAUUCAUCUGUAUCCUUAUUAUCUUCAUACUCCGGGUGGUGGUGCCAGUGCAGCAGCUCAGACAGACAUGGAGGUGGAGAAACGGACGUACGGCAUGCGGAUGAAUCAAAUAGCUACGGAGCGACGCUGGCAGAAGAAGCUGUCAGAAAUGAACGAGCGAUUAAAAACAAGACCUCUGCUGAUGGAACGCACUCAGAUUGACCAGGUACUCUUUCUUCACUCUGCAUUAUUUUGUGUUGAGCUUCUUCGGUGGUAAGCUAAGGAUGUUUAUUUAAGGUGCUUGACAUGAAUCAACGAAUCUUGAUAAGCGAGGGUAAGUACCCCGUUAUGAUUUGCCUGUAAGUUCUAGGAGUAGCCCUUUGAAUCACAAAAUGUAUUUGAGAACGUACUCCUGGAUCAAGUGCGAUCAUCAUUUGAAAGACACUGAUCGAUGAUGACAUACUUGUCCAUGAUCAGGCACGAGAGCGCGCUCGACAGCGUGCACUGCUUCGGGUGAGGACGGAGAUGACGGCGAAGGGCGUUAAAAACGUUGAGAAUUUCUUCAAUAAUGAGGAGUUGAAUUUUAUGGACGGCUACUAG